AUGGAUAAAUCACUUGACGAAAUCAUUUCUGACAGAUACCAAAGUUCACGGGGCAGAUAUCGUGGAAAUAACAGACGAGGCAACUACGGCCGACACGUUCGAGGAGGAGGAAUCUCAAAAAGACCUUACAAUUCUCGUUCAAAUUUUAGAGAGAAUGGCCCGUAUCAAAGACCGCAUCCACAUCCAGAUCUUGCAAAUACAAUUAAAAUCAGUAACUUACAUUAUGAGCUUUCUGAAGAUGAUAUUUAUGAACUAUUAACAAGAGUAGGCUCUGUUCGAAAAGUGAACUUGCAAUACGACCGCUCUGGCCGAUCUGAUGGUGUUGCUUACGCAAAUUUUCAAUAUGCUACAGAUGCUGAAGAGGCAGUUCGCCAAUUUGACGGGAAAAAGGCAGCAGGUAUUGAAAUUUCAGUCAAACUGCUUGACGAAAGCUCUCAAUUGAGAAACAGACUUUCAUUUAAUAAUAACGAUAAUCAAGAUAACAAUCGUGAUCUUAUUGGCGAUUCUUUUGAUAAUUCUAAUGAAAAUAAUGAUUUUGAGAGAACAAAUCAAGACGGUUCUGGUAGUACAUUUCGACAAUAUAACAGAUAUAAUAUUCGGGGUGGAUAUAAUAAUGGGCACAGAAAACCCCAUGGUUACAACCCUAGAUACGAUGGAGGCCGUGGAGGGAAAAGGUUUACUGCUGGAGCUAACUCAAUAAGACAGCCUCGCAAAACUUUAGAAGAGCUUGACAAUGAGCUGGAUAGUUACAUGAAUGGCGGCGCUGAUGAUAUUAAGAUUGAACCCCCUGCCGUUGAUAAUAGUGCUGAUGCUAUCAAUCUUAAGACGGAAAGUAAUUAA